CCCUCAAUGUAUAUUUGGUUAAAAUUUCAGCAAAAUCCAAGAUGGUCACUGUGGAGCCCCUGGUUGAGUUGGCAUGGUACGACUCAGUCAUUACAUUGUAUUGAAAGAAUAUUAUUUGUGAGCCAAUGAUUAAGAAGUUUGGCUUCAAAAAUCAUUACACAAAAAUUUAAGAUAAGCACAGUAGUUGGAACUGGGUUUUACAUGUAGGUCUAAAUACAUUCCCAGAAAAACCCCGCAAUUUUCAUUUAUUUCCAUAAGCGCUCCUUCAAUUUCCACUCUGUUUUCAUAAGUGCCCUGUUUGAAUAAGCGCCCUGUCUGAAUAAGCACCCCUCAAAAAGGGCAAAAAAUAUUUUAAGCGCCCAGGCGCAUAUUCGCGCGAGUACGGUCAGUUUCAUGGUCAGAGGCUCAAAACAUUUUUUUGCAGGCCUGGAUAUUUGUACAGUAUUUAAAAUUGAAUAUAGCACUGAAUGUGGCUUUUUGAAAUAUCAUAGCUCCUGGAAAAAAAAAAAUUCUUUUUUUUUAAAAGCUUGCUGUUAAGAUUUUUGACUGGUUUGGGAAAGACAUUUUUUGUUUGCCUUAUUUGUAUGAUUAGUAGUGAUAAUGAACUAUGAUCAUCAAGACCACUACAGAAAACAGCCUUCAAUUUUACUAUCCUAAAUGCUGUCAAUAACAUUAAUUUAACCACUUGUUUGUGGUAAAGUGUAGCAUGGUAUUUAUUUUUGAUCUUCUUUGUGAUUGAUAAUAUUUUGGUAUUCUUUGAUACUGUUAGUAACAUAUUUUUGGUGGUUAAAUCAGUUAUUGUUAAAAUGUUUUCAGUGGUUAAAUCAGAGUCACAAUGCUAUGGUGAAUUAUUCCAAUAGAAAUGCAAGCAAGGAGACGCCAAUGGGUAGGUUUGUAAUGGGGUACAUUGGAGCUGUAGGGAGUGCUUGCUCAAUAGCGGUGAGUUUGAAUGUGUUGCUGAAACGUGCAACAAAGUUGAAAACCAGUACCAAGUUCUUUGUGCAGAGGUUUGUUCCAUUCCCUGCUGUGGGUAAGUCAUGGAUCUAUAUAUUAGACCAAUACUUUACUGAGAUUGGCAUUAUUCAGAAUUACAUAUUUAAUAUGCAAAAUAAUUCUAUGAUUUAAAAUAUAUUACUUUAGACCAAAGAUUACAAGAUUGGAAAAAAUCCAGUCAUUUAGAGUAAGAUAUACAAUAGUUCUGAAUGCAGAAAAAAAGCAAAAUUGAAAACAGGGAAUUGAUUGUACAGGAAGAUUUGGUGGUAUGGU